UUUACUUCUGAAGAUCCAUGGAUAUCCUUUCCAGAAAAAUAGGCCAGAAAACUCUAGAAAUUGUAAUUGACAUAGAAUCUUAAAAUUUAUCAAUUACAAUGGGUAAAGAGGAGAAAAUACAUCUCAAGAGAGAACUUGGAUAUUUCUGGGGCACAAAUUUUUUAAUUAUUAAUGUAAUUGGUGCUGGUAUUUUUGUGUCCCCCAAAGGGGUGCUAGAGCACUCUUGCAUGAACGUCGGGAUCUCCCUGUGUAUCUGGGGUGCCUGUGCUGUAUUAGCCAUAACAUACACUCUCUGCUUUGCAGAGAUCGGUAUAACCUUCCCAUGCAGCGGAGCUCACUACUAUUUCAUCAAGAGAUGCUUCGGCCCCGUAGCUGCUUUCCUGAGACUCUGGACGAACUUGUUUACCGGGGCAGGGAUAGUUGCUAGUCAAGCCCUACUCCUUGCUGAGUACAGCAUCCAGCCUUUUUACCCCAGUUGCUCAAUCCCUAAGCUUCCCAUGAAAUGCGUGGCGCUGGCCAUGCUGUGGGUAGUGGGAAUUCUGAACUGUCGUGGUGUGAAAGAGGUGACUUGGCUUCAGACAGUGAGCACGGUGCUGAAAGUGAGCAUCCUUAGCCUCAUUUCCCUGAGUGGAGUGGUCAUGCUGGUGAGAGGGAAGCAAGUGAAUGUAGAAAGGUUGCAGAAUGCUUUUGAUGCUGAAUUUCCAGCUGCUUCCCAGAUAAUUGAAGCCGUCUUCCAAGGAUAUUUUGCAUUUUCAGGAGGGGGAUGCUUUACAUGUGUGGCAGGAGAGCUGAAGAAACCCAGAGAGACAAUUCCCAAAUGCAUAUUUACAGCAUUCCCUCUGUUGACUGUGCUCUAUUUACUGGUUAACAUUUCCUACAUGACUGUUCUGACGCCCAGAGAAAUUCUUUCUUCAGAUGCUGUGGCUAUCACAUGGACUGAUAGAGUUAUCCCCCAAUUAACAUGGUUUAUUCCUUUUGCUAUUUCUGCCUCAUUAUUUAGCAAUCUUCUGAUUAAUGUACUUCAAACCUCAAGAGUGCUAUAUAUUGCUGGCCAGCAAGGCCAGCUGCCUUUAUUAUUUAAUACACUUAAUAUUCACUCCUCUCCACUGAUAGCUGUGCUAUUAAAUAUCACAAUGGGAUCCAUUGCAAUUGUCAUAACAAACCUAAUUGAACUGAUAAACUAUCUUUAUUUUGUGAUUUCCAUUUGGACUGUAUUAUCAAUGAUAGGAUUACUGAAACUGAGAUACCAGGAACCCAAUCUACACAGACCGUAUCAGGUCUUUAUGCCGUUCAUAUUCAUAACCAUGGCCAUGACCCUCAGCAUGGUUUUGAUACCACUGGUAAAGUCUCCAAAGAUGCACUAUAUCUACGUACUUCUAUUUCUUCUCAGUGGACUACUGUUUUACAUACCUUUCACAUACCUUAAGCUGAAGUUGGUUUGUUUUGAAAAGAUGACCUGCUAUCUACAACUACUACUUAAUAUUUGUGUCCCUGAUAAGUCUGAUGAACAGAUAUAAGAAGAAACUUUCUAAAAAUAGCCUUCUAAAUACACACCAAGUUCCAAAUAAAGAUUAAGCAUGUGAUGGAAUAUUAAUUAUGAAAUUCCCAUAGUAGCUUUCUUAAAUAAAAUAAUGUAUAUAAAAGUGCCUAGAUCAGUAGCUGGCUUUAAAAAUCACAAUGAAAUUUUUCUGUGUAACUAAAGGUCUAUUUUUAUUAAUAAAAACUUUAAGUCUCUGUUUGACUAGCUGAUGUAUUGAUGUCUCUCCCAUGCUUUCUUUUUGCAUUUCACACAUUUUCUACCAAAUUGUGUUGCUCUUAUAGUAAAAGCUAACCAUUAAAAAUAAAGUGCAUUCUCUCCA